UUUGAAAUGAAUAUGACAGAAAGAUGCUGGCAAUUGGGAAUACUUGACUUAUACGUACGUACAUAUAUUGGCGAAAUAACUAACUAAAUCAGUCCUAAAAGUGCUACUGGUGAACAAACAGAUUUUAUGGCACUGUUCUACAUAUAAUACAUAUUUAUUUUUCUACAAAUUAUUAUUAGUGUUAUACGCUAAACGAUGUGAUUGUAUCUAGUGCGUGGUGGGUUUGUUUUGGGAAAUAAAGACAUUAAAUGUUAAUUCGAAAAUAUAUAAGAGAAGAUUAAUACUCCAACAGUGAUAAUCAAAUCUAAACCGCACAGCAAGAGAACAAUUGUUUAAGUCAUGGCGUCCUCGGGCAAAAUAGCAUCAAUUAGUUUUGCCAUCCUGCUCUCAGCGUGCGUAUUGGUUACUGAAUUGGAAGCACGUUUCUGCUACAAGUGUCUCUCUAUGAGUUGUCCUGCUGAAAACAAUAUUUGCGAGGAUGUGAGAGCCUUUGUCGUAAAGCAAUUAAGAGAAUAUUAUCACGUGGGGUCAUAUCUUGCACCCUGUCCAGACCAACAUGAUGGAGCCGAGUGGCUGAAAAUGCAAGUGGUCGACGUUCCUUGCCCGGGGAGUGGGUCGUCCCCCACUUGCACUGCUGGAAGGAUACAAAUAAAAUCAUUCAGCGGGGACGACACUCCUCCGCUUAUCUCACACGCAACUGUCCUUGGUUGUGCGAAUCAGCAAUUGCUACAUUCCAUCAGAAAUGCUAAAACCAAAUCUCAAUGCGAUUUGAUUUCUAAGAACGGGACAAUGUCGACAAACACUUAUCAUCGGAUGCUGCUGGAACAUUGCAGUGAGGCGCAAACGGUGUGCUACGACACGGACUAUUGUGUGGAUCCAGAGCAGAGUGUUGUGAAAGAUUUUGUGAAUAUUCAUCAUUCCAUUGGACGUUUUGAUUACGGAUUGGUCAUCGGAACCAUUGCAUUUAUUAUUGUAGUAUUUGCUGCAGUGAUUGGAGCCAGUUUAUGUUCAUUUCCUAUCAACAAACCCUCGAAUCUUCCAAAAACCAGUGAAGACGCUGAUUUGAUCAGAAUUCGUCCAACAUCAUUGUCCACUCAAGGCCUGGAAGACGGGACGACGUGAACACGAAAAUUAUUUAAAUCUCUAACGUGUGUUUAUUUUAUCUGAAAUCACUUGAUUGAUUAUCUCUAUGAUCUGAAUUCAUUUCUAGUUAGUUAAUUUAUAUAGGAGAAAUCUUAUGAAUUCGAGCACUAUCUACUAAAAAGUAAAUAAUAUAUAAAGUUUUAUAACUGGUUUUGUACAUGCAAUUGAAUGCAGCUCUUGUUAAUCGAAAGAAAUACUCAUGUAUGUUUAAUAUAUGUAUGAUAGUACAGCCUUUAAUAUGUACAUAAAAGACUGAUGGCGUGAACCAAUUCUAAAAUUGGCAAUGAUCAAUAGACAUACAUAAUAUUUAAAACUUAUUGAUAAAGGCUUUCACUGUAAUCAACAUGAAUGUGCAAUGAAUACAUUGUGUUCAAUACUAGAUUCACGACAACGACGCCGAUGUACGCAUGCAAAGUUAUAUAAUCCAGAUUAGAAUUUUAAAAUAGCUCUCGAAUUUUGUAUUUAAUGUUAUGCCAAUAAACAUAAUAUAUACAUUUUUGA